UGUAGCAGUAGAAGCUGUUUCCUCCCCAACUCCGGAACCCAUUCCUACCCUUGCUGUUACCGAAACCACACCUGAGGUGGUCGUUGAAGAACAGAAACCAGAAGACAAACCGCUCAUCGAAACAACGCCGUCGCAGGACAAUGCUUCUUCCGUUGCACCGAUUGCUGUGGCUGCUGCUGCUGCUACUGCUGCAGUGGCCGCUGUUGGCGUUGCCGCGGCUACCGCUGCCUCAAACAAAACCGCCAAACCAAAGGUAUCGGCACCGACUGUAAAGAAACCUUCGGGAACUGCCAGUGCACCGGCUAAGGCAGCACCGGCAGCUGCAUCCAAAGUGACCGCAUCUCGAGUCAGCGCUAGCUCCACUACUACAGCUGCAGCAGCUCGUAAACCACCAACCAGUGCCCCGUUGGCUGUCAAGAAGGCACCGAUUGCUGCGAAGACCACUCCAACCAUGAACGGUGGCACCAAGGAAGCCCGUCCGGCCAGUGCCGCUUCCACCAAGUCGACUACACUAUCGGCAAAGACCACAAAACCGGCAGCUGCUAAGCCAGCGGCCAGCAAUAAUAGCACAUCGUCCGUGGCGGCUGCGCGAGCAAAGGCUAGCAGUACGACAAGCUCCACUACCACAAAGGCAGCAUCCGCAACUGGAAGUUCGACUACCAGAACUGCUCCAAAGUUGUCUGCUGCCACGGCAGGAGCUGGUGGAAAAACGACGACGACGACGACAUCGUCUCGACUAUCAACGGUCGGAUCAGCGGCUCGGCCCGCAUCGGCCACCUCGCGUCCCUCGAGCGCUAUCUCGGAGAAAUCCACUACAGUUCCUUCCAAACCGGCAACCACAGUCAAACGAACCGUUGCAGCUAAGAGUACGGUAACAAAUGGAACAAGCGUGACUGAUGGAACAACGAAACAAACGAAGACGACUACCAGCAGCAGCAGCACUACAACGAGUGCCACUUCGCGGGCAUCGACUGUACCUAAAACUAGCACGCUGACUGCUAAGAAACCAGCGGCCACCAGUGCGGGAUCGACGACUACCGCGAAGGCCACAACAACGGCCAAGUCCACGUCACUGACGGCAACCAGCAAGACUACCACCGCUACUCGCACCUCGCUGGCACCUCGACCCACGGCCGGAGCUGCCACCUCACCGACUGCCCGUAAACUACAGAAUGGUACCGCUGCGGUCCCGAAGAAGAUGGCCGCCUCACCAACACCGAUCGUGAUCCGAAAGCCUGGAACCGUUGCAAAGAAGGAUCAGCAGCAGCAGCAGCAGCAGAAGGUCAAGGAAGAAGUGGCAUCCUCUGAAACCGCGUCUGCAACCACAGUAACCACGACGACGACAACGACAACGAUGGCGGUGGAAUCGACGAUCGUCAGUGAAGGUGGUGGCGAUGUACCGAAUGCAGCGGCUGCUAUCGAUUUGCUUGUAGCACAAAACGAUCAACUCGUGCCGCAUGCAAUGUAACGUGAUUCACUGUAGCAGCAGCAGCAGUAACACCUCAUGCAUGCGACCACCCUGCAUCCCCUACUUCCCCGCGGCAGCGCUGCAUUCACAUAACGGCGGUGAGACCAAUAUUCAUCCAAAAUUCCGAAUCAAACGUCUGUCUGUUUGUCCUGUUUGUAUGGGCGCGUGCGUCUGUGUGUAUGUCCCCUUUGUUUACCACUUUCCGGGAUGCCACACUUACAUGUUUGAUUAAAAUCGUUCGUUAGUGUCCUCGCGCACAAUGAUAAAUUGAUAAAAAAGAACUUUCUCAAUGCAGUGGACCGAGCCGACCGACCGACACCAAUUAGCGAACAAAUGGGAAAGGGAAGCCGGGGUCACCGCACCGAUCCGAACUUGGGUGUUGGUGCGUUGGUUUGGAGGAGGAGGAGAAUAGAAACGGUCUGUUUGUACGGCGAGGAUCGAAAGGCCCGAAGGACAAUGACGGAGCGUCCGUUAUCGCAGUAUCGUAGGGUAGUAAUCCUCAACAUAAUAUUUACACCUUCGCCUCCCACACUCGCAACACUACUCUCCCUCCGUACACUCUCAACAUCAACACGCCGCGCGCUCUAGUGAUAGGAAGUUUAAGUAAUCUUAUUAUAAUAUUUUCUUUUUAUGAAUAUGCCUAGCAUGAUGAUCAGUAAUUAGCAAUUAGAAGCGCACCCACAACACCACCCCUGAGUCUGAGAGAACCUCCCCUCAAAAAUGGUGGAACGAACUUUUCGAAUAUUUGUUUUUCUUUGUUUUCGUUCCAUUUUGUGUUUUUUUUUGUUCCAGCCAGCUUCUUAAUAAUCAAACCAAAAUUUAAAGACUAUAGCGAUGAACAUGAUACUAAUAUUAAUAAUGCGUUAUCGGCAUCGGAAGAGAUUGAAGAUGGUUAGCGAUUGAAAAAAAUGGAGCACGAAUACCGACGGAUGAUAACUGAGCUAGGAAUCUGAAGAAUCCGGGGUCCCUCCAAUCCAAUCCAAGUAGGCUACCCAACAAACCCCAGCGCUCGUACCGUUCAUAAUAAUAGUU